AUGGCCCCUAUUCGAAAUGCUGCAGUUAUUUUCGCUGAAGCGCCGACAGGAUAUCCGGAAGCUGGUAAACAUCUGAAGUAUGUUCAAGAUCGAACCAUCGAUCUCGACACUGUGGAUGUGCAAGACGGUAUUGUGACAAAAAAUCUUGUGGUUUCUAUUGAUCCAUAUAUGCGUGGACGAAUGCGAGAUGCCAAUCAAAAAAGCUAUACGCCUGCAUUCACGCUCAAUGAACCAUUGCAGAACUUUUUCGUGGGCAAAAUUGUUAAAUCCGGCAAUACAAACUUUCCUGUGGGCCAAUAUGUGUACGGAAUGGGUAUCUACGAAGAAUAUACUGUUCAUCCAAAAGCUUCAACUGAUCACCUUCGGCUUUUGAGCGAAGCACAACUCAAAGCUGGCUUACAACUUACAACAUGGGUAGGAGCAGCUGGAAUGCCAGGUCAAACAGCGUAUCAUGGUUUUUAUGAUAUCGGAGAACCAAAGAAAGGUGACACGAUUUUCAUUACUGGAGCAUCAGGUGCGGUUGGUCAAAUCGUUGGACAACUUGGUAAAUAA